AGCACCGAGGCUGAGGAGGAGGCCUCUGAGGGAAGAAGGCGGCGGCGGUGGCGACCAAGCGAGGCCUGCGAGGGAGCGUUGGCUUCGGGCCUGGAGGAGGGGGAGGCCUGAUGGCUUCCCGCGGCGAGGAGGAAGGGGUGCUCUUCAGGCGAGGGGCCGGGCAGAGUGAUGAUUCAGAUAUAUGGGAUGAUACAGCACUCAUAAAAGCAUAUGAUAAAGCAGUUGCAUCCUUCAAAAAUGCUUUGAAGAAUGGUGACUGUUCAGAGUCUUUGGAUAAGACUGAACAAAACGCUGGAACAAAAAGAAAAAACAAUAAGAAGAACAAAAGUAGGAAAAAGAGUAAUGCUGCAGCACAAAAACAGUGGAGAAUUGGUGAUGCUUGCAGUGCAGUUUGGUCGAAGAUGGCAACUGUACCAAGCACUAUUACCUCAGUUAACUGGAAGAAAGGGACUUGUGUUGUCUAUAAAGGAUAUGGAAAUCGGGAAGCAAAUCUGUCAGAUCUUCUACCACCUGAAGACACUGAGGAGAAUGAAAAUGAGACUCAGUAUUCUACAGACGAAAGUGACCUCUCCUUUCAGUCACCUGGUAAACACGGUCAUACAAAACAGGCACACUGGAAUUCCCAGUUUCCUCCACCACCAAUACCCAGUACUGGCAGGUCUGGAAUGAAAUUCAGUGGACCUCCACCUUUUUUAUCAGGCUGGCCUCCAUCGUUUCCAUCAGGACCACCGUUGAUACCUCCUCCUCCUCCCAUUCUUAGUCAAGAUUCUCCUGAUGAUGAUGAAGCCUUGGGAAGCAUGCUGAUUGCUUGGUAUAUGAGUGGUUAUCACACAGGCUACUAUUUGGGCUUAAAGCAGAGUCGAAUGGAAGCUGCAAUGGGGAGACAUGCCCACUCUAAAUAACAUUCGAGCAAGACAUUCCACCUUUGCAUUGGACAGAAAUAAAGUUUUCACUGGUGCAGACAUUACCAAAUGGAUAAUCCACAGAAAGAAGUGCAGCUGAUACAGUGAUUGAUAGUGGUGUCCACACUGCUAGCAAGAGUACAGAUUGGAUGACCCUACUUUUAUCUGGCAAUCAUACCUUAGCAAUUGGGUGCCUAUUCUGGACUAUUGAACAAUGCAUUUUCAUAUGAAUCCUGAUGUAUGAGGCUACCACUGGCAUUUAAAGUGAUCUUCCAAGGCAUUGAAUAUCUUUCCCUUUCUAGCUCUCCAGUGACAAUAGGCUGACACUGAUGUGUAUCACUUUAUAGCUGUGGAUGGUAAUAGUGUUCUGAACAAAAACUGUACAGAGGCGUAAGGAUGAUUACCAGCAGUUGGAACACUCAACUGGUUUGAAAUACUGCUCAAUAAAAUUAUUUUUUCAGCUUG